CCCAUUAAAACUAACGAACGCGGGUCGUUGGUAACCCGACCCGGAACACCUAAUAAACCCCCUUCAGGAACCCCAAGCUCAGUGGAUUCUAGCUCGAGUUUGCGGGUGAAAAAGUACGACCACCAUCGCCGCCGCCUACCGCCUGCCGCCGAAACCACCAUUCUCGCUGAUUUCAUCGCUCGAUCUCUGAAAAAAUGGCUACGAUGUAUCUAUGAGUUGGAGUUUGGAGAGCUCCAAAACCAUCCGACCGACCCGGUGCAGAUCCGAAUCGCAAGAGUCUUCUCUUCCCCUGAAGUUGGAGUGUCAUGUUUCGUCGGGCAUGUUAACUCUACAGUUACCCUUAAUAACAACAAAAAUGCCACUCCUCUUAACUUUCUUUUCACCUUU